UUAGCUGUGUGGUGCGUCACGUUCCUCACCUGUUUCCAUUGAGGUUAAUGAGUUUGGAGGCUGCAGGCUGGAAUCUGAGGAACAGACUCACUCGAAGCUCGUUUCCCAUCAGUGUCUGACUUCUAGACGCUUGUACAUGUUUUUUCUAAUGAGCAGCUCAUUUUAACGGCUUCAUUUCAGCGGGGAGCUGCCGGCUGGACUGCGUGUUCCCAAACGCGCGCGCGCUGAGCGCAUAAAGCGGCGUCGCGCGCCUUUCCUCCGCGCACAGCUGCGGAAAAACAACCGCUGCAGUCCCGGCUGACUGGAGCCGCAGGCGGGCGGACGGACGGCCAGACCAUCGCAGGUUCCUGGGGAACCAGAAGGACGGCAGAGUUUCUACUGGCUCGGCCCUGAACGGACAACGCCAUGGCCAGUCAAGACGAACCCGAGAAGGUGAACGGCAGUAGCAGUCUCUCAUCCGGUCCUCAGGAGUCUCCCAAAGAGACCGUGCAGCUUAAAAAAGAAAUCUCGCUGCUCAACGGCGUCAGCCUGAUCGUAGGAAACAUGAUCGGCUCCGGGAUCUUUGUCUCCCCCAAGGGUGUUCUCAUCUACAGCGCCUCCUAUGGGCUCUCGCUUGUCAUCUGGGCCAUUGGGGGCCUGUUCUCUGUGGUUGGAGCUCUCUGCUACGCUGAGCUGGGCACCACCAUCACCAAGUCUGGGGCUUCCUAUGCCUACAUCCUGGAGUCGUUUGGCGGCUUCAUCGCCUUCAUCCGUCUGUGGACGUCGUUGUUGAUCAUUGAGCCUACGAGCCAGGCGGUCAUAGCCAUCACCUUUGCAAACUACCUGGUGCAGCCGCUCUUCCCGACAUGCGAGCCUCCUUAUGUAGCAGCGAGGCUCCUGGCUGCAGCCUGCCUCUGUUUACUGACGUUCAUCAACUCUGCUUAUGUGAGGUGGGGCACCCGUGUGCAGGACAUCUUUACCUACGCCAAGGUGGCGGCGCUCAUCGUCAUCAUCGUUACGGGGAUCGUUAAGCUGUGUCAGGGUUAUACAAACAACUUUGAGUCAGCCUUCCAGGGCUCGUCUGCAGACCCCGGGGACAUCGCUCUGGCUCUGUACUCCGCCCUCUUUUCUUACUCUGGCUGGGACACCUUAAAUUUUGUAACGGAGGAGAUCAAAAACCCUGAAAGGAACCUUCCGCUGGCCAUCGGCAUCUCCAUGCCCAUCGUCACCACCAUCUACAUCCUCACCAAUGUUGCCUACUAUGCUGUUCUGGAUGUUGGAGCCAUACUGGGCAGCGAUGCUGUCGCCGUGACUUUUGCAGAUCACACCCUCGGUCUCAUGAGCUGGACUAUCCCCAUCGCUGUCGCUCUGUCCUGCUACGGAGGCCUGAACGCCUCCAUCAUUGCAGCGUCCAGGUUGUUCUUUGUGGGCUCUCGAGAAGGUCACCUUCCAGACGCUCUGUCCAUGAUCCACAUAGAGAGAUUCACGCCCAUUCCUGCUCUCAUCUUCAAUUGCAUCAUGUCACUGAUCUACCUGACAGUGGAGGAUGUCUUCCAGCUCAUCAACUACUACAGCUUCAGCUACUGGUUCUUCAUGGGUUUGUCUGUUGCCGGGCAGAUCUACCUCCGCUGGAAGCAGCCGGACAGAGCCAGACCUCUGAAGCUGACGCUGGUGUACCCGCUGGUGUUCUGCAUGUGUUCCGUUUUCCUGGUGGCGGUUCCGCUCUACAGCAACACCGUAAACUCUCUGAUAGGCAUUGCCAUCGCGCUGUCGGGCGUUCCCGUCUACUUCCUGGGCGUUUACCUCCCAGAGUCCAAAAGGCCACCCAUCAUUACGAAGCUGCUGCGUUCUCUGACGUACUUCACGCAGUACAGCUGCUUCUGUGUGCUGACAGAGAUGGACAAAAGCGAGUAGCAUUCCCUCAUGGCAGAAGGGAACAACCUGCUGCUCUGUAGCACUUUCAGUCUGUUUACAGGAGAUGAUGCCAACUAUUAUGCAACUUAUGAAAUAUUUAUCGCCUCAUGUACUGUCUUCCAUUGGAAAUGAUGGACCCUUUUCAGGGAAAUCUGUAAUAAAGUGUUUCUAUGAGAUUUAACUGGUGCUGUGAAAAUGACAGGAACCUGAAUGUUAUGGAUUUAACCCAAAGAAAAACAGGGAAAUGUUAGCUACUGGUGUUUACGUGUAAACAUAUGAGUUAAGUGGCUUCUAAAUGUUUUUUGUUUUUGCAAUAUAAAAACAUUCAGACUGUUAUAACCUGAGCUGUAUUUGUAAAAGCUGACAUGGAGCUUGGAUGAAAUAUUUCCCAAUAAAUCUGUUUGAUAUGGGAGGUCCAA